AACCUCACAUAGCAUUUGCUGUCACUAUCGUCUUCUCGGUUGCAUGUUGCUCAGGCUUAUAUUAUGCAAUAUUUACGAUGUUUUUCCAUGUCCCGGCUGAAGUCCAAUCAAAUUAAUCUGCUACGACAUUCUGUAGUCGAACGUCGUCGUUGUAGGUUAUUAGAAAAAAGUUUAUUAAUAUUAAACAUACCGCAAUGGCUUCAGCUUCAAGAGUUUUAGUGAGCCGGGCCAUGGGCCUAGCUAAAUUGGCCAACACAAACAUUAAAUUAUAUAGCACAGCAUCACCAGCAACAUAUGAAUUCAUCAAGACUGAAAAAGUAGGAGCCAAAAACAAUGUUCUUUUAAUUACCUUAAAUAGACCAAAGGCAUUGAAUGCUCUUUGUGAUAAAUUGGUGUGUGAAAUUAAUGAUGUUUUGGAUAAACAUGAAUCUGAUGCUAACGUUGGAGCUGUGUCAUCACAGAUUAAUAAUCUGUUACUUGUUUGUUUCUUCAUGUUCGAUGCCUGA